CACACACACACACACACACACACACAUAAACACACACACAGAGCCUCCCUGCGCUCAGCUCAAGCCCUCUUAAAGCUGUGUUUUUUUUCUGCUGGAGAUCAGCGCUAGCUAACGACACACAGCUGCUUCUCCCGGAGACAGAAGGACAAGAGGAGGGAGGGGAGAACAAGGAGAGAGGAAAACAAAACCGCCUGCAGCCUCUUAACUUCUGUGUCUCUGCUGCAGCUCGUUCCUCUGCAGGGACUGUUUUCUGCUCGAGUUCAGGACUUUUUUUUUUUUUUAAAAAGGAAAAGGUUGGAGGUUGGAGUUCGCAUGCCAUAAUCGGAGUGAAUGGGUUGCCAUGGUUACUCACCCAGGGAGCUUGACCCGUGCUGAGUGAAUGGAGGGAGCGCCAAGUGAGCGAUAAACUAACGGAGGGGAGUCACCAGAGAGAGAGAGAGAGGAAGAGAGAGGAAGAGGAGAGAGAGAGAGAGAGAGGAAGAGGAGAGAGAGAGAGAGAGAGAGGAAGAGGAGUGGUGGAUAACAGAGGAGCAGAGCAGAGGUUGAGAAUGGAGGACGGCUUUUCCAGCUACAGCAGCCUGUAUGACACCUCAUCACUGCUACAGUUCUGCAACGAUGACAGUGCAUCAGCUGCCAGCAGUAUGGAUGUGACCGACCGCAUCGCCUCCCUGGAGCAGAGAGUCCAGAUGCAGGAGGAUGAGAUUCAGCUGCUGAAGUCCGCUCUGGCCGAUGUGGUGCGCCGGCUCAAUGUGUCUGAGGAGCAGCAGGCCAUGGGGUCACGCAGAGGACCCACCAAAGCCAGGCCAAUGAUUGCCACCUUACCGUUACGGCCCACAGUAAACAAUGGGAAUGUCCUACCAAAGAAAGGCAGCGGCACUCUGCCCUCCCCAUCUGGACCAGGGUCCAGGAAGGAUACCAGCACGCCCGCCAACAAGAGCACAGUGAGGAGGACCAACUCAAACGAACACGUGGGAACUCUUACGCGGAAAGACUCGGGCGAGUCCAAGAGCAACCGGACUCGGGCCGGAUCCACCGGCAGCAAUUCCAGCGGCAAAAGAAGCGAAAGCAAACAGAGGGAUCCCGUGUUCAAUGCAGGGAUGCGACGUGUGACCCACUGCAAAGAGGAGGGUUAUGUGAGAAUGUACUUGAAGGGUCGUCCUAUCACCAUGUACAUGCCCAAAGAGCAGGUGGACAGCUACUGCCUGGAGGCCCGAGCCGAGCUGCCCAGCAACAAGCUCAAACUGGACUGGGUUUAUGGUUACCGUGGUCGAGACUGUCGCUCCAACCUCUACUUGCUGCCCACUGGAGAAACUGUGUAUUUCAUCGCCUCAGUAGUCGUCCUGUUCAACGUGGACGAGCAGCUGCAGAGACACUACACAGGACACACAGACGACAUCAAAUGCCUGGCAGUCCACCCUGAUAAAAUCACCAUAGCAACCGGGCAGGUGGCAGGAACCUCUUCAGAUGGUAAACAGCUGGCUCCUCAUGUCCGUGUGUGGGACUCCGUCAGCCUCAACACUUUGCAUGUUCUGGGCUCAGGAUUCUUUGACCGAGCUCUGGUCUGCCUCGCUUUCUCCAAGUCGAACGGAGGAAACACACUGUGUGUCGUAGACGAUUCUAAUGACCACGUGCUCUCCGUGUGGGAUUGGCAGAGAGAGGACAGACUGGCUGAGGUCAAGUGCUCCAAUGAGUCGGUGUUUGCUGCAGACUUUCACCCGACAGACAGCAACAUCAUAGUGACCUGUGGGAAGUCCCAUCUGUACUUCUGGAGCCUGGAGAAAGGAACACUGGUCAAAAAACAAGGCCUGUUUGAGAAACAGGAGAAGCCCAAGUUUGUGUUGUGCGUGACCUUUGCAGAAAAUGGAGACACCAUCACUGGGGACUCAAGUGGGAACAUCCUGGUGUGGGGAAAAGGCACUAAUCGCAUCAGCCACGUCAUCCCAGGAGCUCACGAGGGCAGCAUCUUCACUCUGUGCAUGCUGAGGAACGGAACGCUGGUGUCUGGAGGGAAAGACCGCAGACUGGUGUCCUGGGACAGCGGCUACCAGCAGAUACAAACGGUGGAGGUGCCGGAGUUGUUCGGUCCAAUCCGGACCAUAGCGGAGGGUAGAGGCGAGUCUGUGCUCAUCGGGACCACCAAGCACUUUGUUCUGCAGGGCAGUUUGGAUGGAGAUUUCAUACCGAUAACACAGGGUCACACUGAUGAGUUGUGGGGUCUGGCUGUUCACCCUGGGAAGCCUCAGUUCCUCACCUGUGGCUUCGAUAGGCAGGUCUGCCUGUGGGACUCCAGCUCCCAUCAGCUCAUCUGGACUAAGAGCAUGGAGGAUUCUGCCCAAUCAGCUGGCUUCCACCCGUCUGGAGCUGUGGUUGCUAUAGGAACCCAAACUGGCAGGUGGCUGGUGUUGGACACUGACUCCAAAGAUCUCGUCACAGUUCACACAGACGGGAAUGAACAGCUCUCUGUUAUGAGCUUUGGACCUGACGGUAACUUCCUGGCCAUCGGUUCCCACGACAACUACAUCUAUAUCUAUGCUGUGGCAGAAAAUGGGAGGAAGUACAGCCGAGUGGGGAAGUGUUCGGGUCACUCUAGCUUCAUCACUCACCUGGACUGGUCAGUGGACUCCCAGUACCUGGUUUCAAAUUCAGGGGACUACGAGAUACUGUAUUGGAUCCCAUCAGUGUGUAAACAGGUGGUCAGUGUGGAGACCACCAGAGACAUCGAGUGGGCCACCUACACCUGCACUCUGAGCUUUCACGUCUUUGGCUUGUGGCCCGACGGCUCAGAUGGCACCGACAUCAACGCCGCCUGCAGGUCCAACGAUAAGAGCCUGCUGGUUACUGGGGACGACUUUGGGAAAGUUCAUUUGUUCUCACACCCCUGCUCACAGUUCAGAGCUCCCAGCCAUGUUUACGGCGCCCACAGCAGCCAUGUAACCAACGUGAACUUCCUGUAUGAUGACAGCUACCUGGUGUCGACCGGAGGGAAGGACAUGAGCGUGAUGCAGUGGAGGAUAGUCUGAGGGAGCAGACAGAAACGUACACUCUAUUUACGUCUGUUUCUUACAGCUGCCUCUUACUGGGCCUGAGAGCCAGCAGAGGCAAACUGAACUGCACUAACAUGAAGCGAACCAAACUUAAAUUAAUUCAGACUCUAAAAACAAAAAGGUGGAGCUGCCUGAACUGAAGAGGACCCUGAGGUUUGCUUCCUGAGAUGAACUGUCGGAGCUGUAAUGGGCAGUUGUGUGAAAUACAAAAAAAAAAAAACCUGAACUUUUCUGCUUUUCUUUACUCACGCUACAUGUAAAAUACUCUCACCUACCUUUACCUACACACCAAUGACAUGAAACAAAACAGGUCCAACAAUUCCAAUCCACCUAAACAGAACCAAAGGCUCUGAUUUUCAGACUGCAUCGAGCAGCUCUUGUGUCGUGCACACUGCUGCCACAGAUAGCGGACUAAAGGAUUCAUUUUCAGAAUGAAUAUCACUCAUCCAAGAGCAUAAGAACAAAAACUGUGUACAGAAAGAAAACUGUUUCUUUUAUGUUUUAUUUAACAACUCAGGAAAGCACUAGUGGAGCAGGUUAACAUUGACAUAUCAGAACAAGCCCUAAACAUAUCUCACUACUACAUUUUAGGAAUAUUAAAAUUUUGUAGGACAUAAUGAAAAAAAAAAAUCCAGUCAGAUUCCUUUAUCCAUCUCAGUGUUUGGAUUUUACCUGUUCUUGCAACAUUAUCUUAACAUUUCCUACAUUUAUUGUGCUUCCUGGUCUUGAAAAAAGACACCUUUUCUAUUAUUUAUUGACCGCAAGUUUAAUCCUUCACUGCCAAUUUUAGUUCCCUUUUGUCUUCCCAACAAAAAAAAUCCCUUUUGAGACACUGAUGUGUAAAUAAACUGAGAAGCUUGAAACUGAUUUGAGGUUUGGGUGAAUCUACAGUAUUUGAAACUGUUUCAGAGUUUUGGAAUGAGUUGUUGUAUCUUAUUUGCCUUGAUUUGCCAGGGAAGUAAAAAUGAAGCAUGUUUGGGUUUUUUCUUUUUUUAAUGAUGUGAAGCCUUCAAAUCUGUAUCUAUAUGCAUUUACUACAAGAUGAGUGAAGGAAAGAGAAGGCUGAGACCAUUACACUGUAACUAUUUACGUCCGAUGUGCACCAUCAGAUACUUUUUAGUGAACUGAACCUUUUCAGGUGUUUUUAUUUUUUAACUUAAAUGCACUGCUUCUGCCUUUUUAACACACAGCAGGUCCUGUCACCUACAGUACAGUAGAACAAGAAAAUCAUCAUUUAGCACUUACUGGAGCUUUUCAUGAGCUGGUGAUGAUAACUUUCAACUUUUUGUAAGCACGACACACUCCCCAUCAAAUGGUUGACAAUAAGCCAAUUAACACACAUACACGUUUACUGACGAUUGCUUUGAUUUUGUUUCAGCAACUGCCAUUGAUAUAAGGAAAUCCGUUGUUGUUGUUAAAGUUGCAUGAUUUAUAGUUUCCUUGCAAGGAAAAAAAACACUGAAAUCUUCUAACAGCAGUGAUAUAAAGUCAACUUUCUGCAGGGUGAUUGUAACAUGAUCUGUCUUAUCACUAAACACUUGAGGCUACAGAAUACCACUGAAACAUUAAACAUUUGUCUGAAUUUAAAUGCAAAAUCAAAUCCCUUUGAGGCUGUGUCUUGUGUUUUCCACUUGAUGACAUUUUACUUCAUUUUCUUUCUUUUCAUUAACCUGGUAUCAGUAUCUGUCCCGGGUGAUCGCAUAAGACCUGGACAGCCUAAAGUACUGCUGAACAGGAUUAAGAUCUGAUCACACAGGCUGCAUACAGAGGUCGUCUUUUCAUUUGUUGGGCAGUGUAAACCAGAGACUGUAUAUUAAGAUGGACAGAGAAACAGUUUCUUGGGAGUGAGGCCAACAUUUUGAUUUUUUUUAGAGCUCCCACUGCUGACAAGCUGGACCAUUGGUCACAAACCCCGCCUCUUCCAUUUUAACAGACGGGAUAUGGGUCAAAUUAUAAAAUCCAUGUCAAAUAAAAAUAAUUUCACACAGUCAUUGGACUUUUCAUAAACAUGAGUGUCUGUUCCAAACCAACACAAAAAUCUUUGCUGCUGUGAACUGAAUAGACUUGAUAUUUUAUAUGUAAUUGAAAUGUGUGCAUCAAUUCCACGGUUCCACCAACCAGCUCUCAGUAUUGGCUCCAAAUUGCGUCACCAGUGCAACAUGUCAGCCCCUGUCGCAGGGUCACUUUUGCAUCAUUUUACGCAAUGGAAGGAAAAGGGGAAACGCACUGUCCACGUUAAUUAACAUGCCAUGGGACACAUGAAGGAGCGCCUACUCUCCCUGUUUCAAUGGCAACAAUCGUGUGGAGUAACAGAUCACUCUGCUCUCAUGUUUGACUCAUUUAUCAUUUCUUUGCUGUGUGUCAUGGAACUUUUUAUUUUUCAAAUUUCUCAUUUCAUUCCACCAGGUGAGAUGAAAUAUAUGCAUUAAAGUGAGGUGUGCACCAAAAUACA